UCUGAAGUCAUUCUGAACAUGACAUCAUUUAAUUAUAUAGAUUUAGAUUGUUAGUGUAACUGCACCUUUAGUCUGGAAACAUGAUCAAUAAUACACUUUCUAAUUGUUCCUCUGAAAUCCGCUCUGAAAUCCACUCCAGCCUUUCCCUCAUACUCUGGUCCCACAGCAGCAUCAGUGGGACCAGAGUAUCACUCACUCACUCACUCACUCACUCAUUCACUCACUCACUCAUUCACUCAGAGACAGAGCAGUGGAGUUGUUGUGGACCAUGUGCAGCAGUUUUUCAGACGUUCACAGUGAGGGGAUUACUGAGGAGACGUGGAUUCAUCCUCUCACACUGAAGUGAUCUGUUACUGUCUGUCUGUCUGUCUGUCUGUCAUCAUGAGCUCGUGGGUCGUGAAGAACAGAAAAGAUCCUCAGUACAGACGACACUUUCUGACUGACAACAGCAGCUAUCAAGUGGAGCGAUGCAUGAGUGUGAUGCAGUCUGGGACACAGAUGGUGAAACUGAAACCAGGAUCUAAAGCUCUGGUCAGACUUUUCUUCCUGGACGAACAUCGUUCUUGUCUGCGAUGGAAACCGUCACGAAAGAGCGAGAAAGCAAAGAUCACCAUCGACUCUCUGUACAAAGUGACAGAGGGAGGACAAUCGGACGUCUUCCAUCGCCACACAGACACGACCUUUGACCCCGCCUGUUGCUUCACUGUUUACCAUGGAAACCACAUGGAGUCUCUGGACCUGGUCACGUCUAACGCAGACGAAGCCAGAACCUGGAUCACUGGCCUGCAGUUCCUGAUGGCGGGGAUCAGUGACGAGGACUCGCUCGCCAAACGUCAGCGGACACACAACCAGUGGAUGAAACAAACGUUUGAAGAAGCCGAUAAAAACGGCGACGGCCUCCUGAACAUUGAGGAAAUUUACCAACUGCUGCACAAACUCAACGUUAAUCUUCCUCGAAGGAAAGUCAAGCAGAUGUUUCAGGAAGCUGACACGGACGACCAGCAGGGGACGCUAACAUACGACGAGUUCUCCGUCUUCUAUAAAAUGAUGUCACUGAGACGCGACCUCUUCCUGCUGAUGAUGGCACACAGUGACAGGAAGGACCACCUGACGGCCGAAGAGCUCGCCCACUUCCUGCGUAACGAGCAGAAGAUGAUCGACGUCACUCCCGAGUUUGUCGCAGAAAUCAUCGACAAGUUUGAAGUUUCUGAUGAAAACAAACAGAGAGGAGUUUUAGGCAUCGAAGGUUUUACGAGUUUCAUGCGCAGCCCGACGUGUGACGUCUUUAAUCCUUUACAUCACGAGGUCAAUCAGGACAUGGAGCAGCCGCUGUCCAACUACUUCAUCGCCUCGUCUCAUAACACGUACCUGACCGGAGACCAGCUUCUGUCUCACUCUAAGACAGACAUGUACGCCUGGGUGCUGCAGUCCGGCUGCCGCUGUGUGGAGGUGGACUGUUGGGAUGGUCCUGAUGGAGAACCUGUGGUCCAACAUGGUUACACUCUGACCUCCAAGAUCCCGUUCAAGUCUGUCAUCGAGACCAUCAAUAAAUAUGCUUUCAUCAACAACCAGUGA